AUGGCGUGGCUUUAUAGACUAGGACUGUGUUUGGGAAUAAUUAUGGUAAACUUAGCUGGAUCGCAUCAACAAUCACCCAGUUCUCUCUUCUUGGUCUCGGUACCAGAGCAGAUUCAUGCUGGGAUGCCCACUUCGUUAGCAGUGACCAUCCUGGGAGACUCCAGUGUCCGAGUUACAGCUGAGAUUGUGCAGGGCAAUAUCAACAUAGAAAAGUCUGAAGAUUUUACAAAAGAUGUGACAGGACUUCUCACACUUCCCCCUAUAUAUGACUCAAAUCUAUGGGGUUCACUCCUCAGCCUGACUGUGAGAGGCAAGAAAGGCACUGAAGUUGUUUUUACGAACACCACUUCCAUAAUGUUCAGUUCCAGAAAUGUCACAACAUUCAUUCAGACAGACCGAACGCACUACCAGCCCGGGGAGCGUGUCAGGAUACGGGUGGUUUCGGUCUACAAGGAUAAUCUACCCUACCAGGGCAAAGUGGAGCUCUCAGUGAACAAUCCCUCUGAAGAGACCGUGCACAGGUCUGAGUCCAGUGGGAAUAAUGGGAUUAUGUUGGGAGAUUUCACUUUACCACAGGCUGCGCCGUCAGGACUGUGGGUUGUGUUGACAAAAAUCAAUGGGGUAACAGAUCACACUAUGUUUACUGUGGAGAAUUCUGAGAAUCCAGUCUUUGAUGUUAUGGUCAACACCCCCUCUCAUGUUCUGAGUAGUGAGGACAUCUCCGGAUCCGUGCGGGCUCUUUAUUCUAGUGGACAGCCUGUGCAUGGGACAGCGAAGGUGACGCUGACUCUGGAACCCACAGCGGAGGGCGACUCUACCUUCACUUUGACUCACAUCAAAGAGAUCUAUGGUUCAACACAAUUUCACUUCAGUAAGGAGGAUCUCCGCCCAAUAAGUGCCAAAGUGCAAAGUGGAAAAGACCUGAUAGUUCAAAUACAUGCUGCAGUGACCGGCAACUCCUCAGUCAACAGGGGAAUUGAAGAAACAAAAGAAGUGAACGUUCACAUUUCCAAGGAGGAAUAUCACCUUACUCUGCAUGACUGCCCUGAAGCACUGAAGCCAGGAAUGGAGCUCUUUGCAAAGCUCCAGAUAACUCGCUUUGACCAGCAGCCCUUGAGCUCCGAGGAUAAGCUGGAGUCUGCAUCGAUUGAGAUAACACAGAGAACCUCCACAGACCCCGGCGAGCCCACAUCUCUCACACAUCCGGUGCCUGAAGACGGGAUUGUCCACCUGAGCUUCAGAUUACAGGCUGAAGUAGAGGAGGUUUUUAUUCAGGCCAGGUUCCGGUCCGGUGUUACUGCUGUGAAAAUAUCCAAAACUCACCCGUCUCCAAGUGGUUCUUACAUCCAAAUCUCUCCAACAAAUUCCACACAGAUCGGAUCAUCUGUUGAGGUAGUGGUGAAGAGCUCAGUCCAACCCAAACUCCUUCACUAUGUGGUACGGUCCAGGGGCCGGAUAGUGGCUGCUGGGACAAAGGAGUUUGGUUCUUUCUCUCUGACUCCCACAGCCGCCUGGGUCCCUCAGGCCUGUGUGACCGUGUACUGUGUCCUCAGUGACGGGGAGAUCCAGAGCGACACCACAGACAUUCUGGUCGAACAACAACCGGUGUCGCUGAUGUGGAGCAGUGGGAAGGCCCAGCCCGGGGAGCAAGUGACCCUCAGUGUGACGGGGCCUGACAGUGGCUCUAAGGUGGGCAUCGUCGUCAUGGGGGCACACCACUCCGCUCCAGAUGUUUCCACCCAGUUUGACAUGGAUCAGGAAUGUUAUGUUCGGAUGAUGACAAAUGGUAAAUUAGACAAAACGCAGCUAUCUGAUGGAUCCACUCAGGAUAUUAUGGAGACGUAUUGGUUCCACUACAUGAAUGGAGACGAGCCUCUGCUGUGGUUGGAUGCAACAAUGAGUGAUACCAUAUGGACGAGUGAGAAGAUAACGGUACCAGACGGUGUGCACUCUCUCAGAGCGGUAGCCUUUGUGGUAUCCCAACGCCAUGGACUGAGCUUCACAUCUCAGACACUGACCAUUGUCAAAGACUUCUCUCUGUCUCUCAAUGUACCUCCUUACCUCAUCAGAGGAGAGGAGAUAGUUCUGGAGGUCAACAUCAUCAACCAUUUACACAGAGAUCUUGAUGUCAUUUUACUGCUGGCGGAAAGCGAUGCCUUUGAGUUUGUAAUGGCACAGCGUGGGGACCUCUCUGUGGUGAAUGCCCAGAAGCUGACUUUGGGAAGCCACGUCUCUGCUAAAGCCAUGUUUCCAGUCCGAGCCACAACAUUAGGGGACGUGGAUAUUACUGUGGAUGCUGUUUCUGCCGAUGCAUCAGAGAGUCUGGUUUGGACUGUUUUUGUAAAGCCUGAGGGAGUCGAGGAGUCUGUUUCGAAAAAUCUUUUUUUGGAGCUGCCACCCACCGUUGACAACUUCUCUGUGUCCGCUGCGUUCUUUUUCCCAGAUGGAGUGAUCCCGGACACCCGCAGGGCACAUGUGGCUAUGGGCGGUGACAUACUGGCCUUGUCUCUGGAUCAGCUACACGCCCUGGUGAACCUGCCUCUUGGUUGUGGAGAGCAGAACUUGGUCCACUUUGCCACAAGUGUAUACGUUCUGCAAUACUUACAAAGGUCUGGUCAGGAUGACGCGGGCAUCAGGGGAAAAGCGAUGAAGCAUUUAGUAGAAGGAUACCAGCGGCAGUUGUCUUUCCAGCACAGUGAUGGCUCAUUUGGGGCUUUUGUACAAAAUGACAUUAAGGGUAGUAUAUGGCUGACAGCGUAUGUACUGAAGUGCUUCCAAGGGGCCCAGUCCUACAUCACAGUAGACCAGAGUGUCCUCACCAGGGCCUGGGACUGGCUGCUGACGCAUCAGGGACCAGAUGGGGACUUCAUAGAGGUGGGGCACACCAUGCACACAGAGAUGCAGGCUGGUCCGGACAGUGAUCAUGUGGCUCUCACUGCGUACGUACUCAUCACUCUACUGGAAGAUCAGACCACUGUUGAAAGAUAUUCUGAACAAGUUAAACUGGCUCAAAAAUACCUGGAGGACAAGGUCUCCACUGGGGUCGUCGGUAACUACAGUCUGUCUCUCAGUGCCUAUGCCUUGUCCCUCGCCAACAGUCUCGUAGUGACCACAGUCUUGGCAGAGCUCAGUGAGAGGGCAGACUUUCAAGAUGGAGCAAUGACAUGGAUGUCCUCUGGUGGCGCCCAGUCACAUGACCAGCCUAACGCUGUUCAGAUAGAAAUGUCUGCAUAUAUUCUCUUGGCUUAUUUCAAUCGUGGACACAUUUUGGAGGCUAUUUCCCUCAUGAAAUGGCUGACCAACCAAAGGAACCAUCUUGGAGGUUUUGCCAGCACACAAGACACGGUCGUAGCUCUCCAGGCUUUGGCAGAAUUUAUUAUUUUAAGUGGAUCAAUGUCCAUAGACCUGAUGUUAAAGGUCACAGAACCAAAAAGCAUGUUUUCUUCAAUGCAUCAUAUCAACUCAACCAACUACCGAACGCACCAGACCCAAGAGAUUUCUGUUGACAAUGACCUAGAACUGGAUGUGCACAUGGAAGGGAGGGGAUAUGCUACAUUUCAGAUGAAUGUUUUCUACAACAUGGACAGCAACAUCUUUUCCAAAAACCUCCGGAGCAUCAUGAACGAGGAGGCCUACUCACUAGAUGUGAAAGUUUCAAAUCUAGGAGAUGACCACAACCGAUUGCAACUAAUCAUUUGUGUGGGACUGAAGGACUCUGAGAGAUUGUCCAGCACAGGGAUGGCCAUUGUGGAUGUGGGCAUGCUCAGUGGAUUCACUAUUUCCCUUGGAGCCUCUCGCCCGAUGGAGCUGAUCCCAAAAAUGGAAACGUUAUCUGAUAAAGUCAUCUUUUAUUUUCACUCAAUCAACACUACAGAAGUCUGCGUCACUCUUCACCUCAUCAGGAUUUACAAGGUGGCCCACAUUCAAGAUGCAGUAGUGCGUGUUUAUGACUACUACGUUCCAACCAGAAAAGCUACUCGGACGUACAACCUGCAACACCUUCACGACCUGGAUGUGUGUGCUUACUGUGGGGAGGACUGUGAGCUGUGUAAGCCUGGGGUCUCCAUCAUUGUGGCCGGAAUCACGUCCCGUUCUGUCAUUAGCGCCACCUACAGUUUGAUUUCUCUUCUCAUGACUGUUUUUCUGAUGGCCGGAUAA